CAUUUGUCAGAGCUCUAACUUUCUCAGUGUCGAAUUAUUCAAGUGCAUUGUGUGCAAACAUCUGGUUUUCAAGUGAAUGUCUAGCUAUUGCUGUUCGCCUUGAUAUUCGCCUCUGCCCUUCGCAUUGCUUGCAGACUAUUAAUUGGAGGACUCGUAGUCAGGGUGUGGAGUUUGAUGAAGGAACUAGUGAGCUUUGACAUGGAAUCUGGGCUUCAGCCAUACUCUUUUUGGCUCUUUGUUCGAUCGCAGGAAUUGCGCAACUAAUACAUAAGGUUCAGGACCGAGGGGGGAGCAUUUCAGUCUGCUUUGAGGAUCAAAAUUGUUCUCUUGGUCCUUUAGGGUUUAAACCCAGGGUCUUGCUUUCUAAUACAGGGUUUAGCAGGCAACACAUGGCUACUGACGCGAAGGUGGGGAAUUCUAACUGCUGUGUUUAAUAUUGUAUCAAUGGCUGUGCCUCAAUAUUCAUAUAAGCCGCUCCGGGGUUCACGCGAAAUCCGGUUGCUUUAUCUACAUCCGCCUCAGAAUGGAUCAAAUGAGCUACGCUGUGACAUUCACCAUUGCAGAGAUCUAGAGAGUUCUCCCGAUGAGUACGAAGCGUUAUCAUAUACGUGGGCAGACGAGAACGGUGACAAGACUUUGCGGAAGAGUAUUCGAUGCAACGGAACCACAAUGCAUGUUACCAUGAAUUUGGCCAUGGCCUUGCGGGAACUCCGGCAUCCCAACUGCCCAAGAAUACUGUGGGUAGACGCCGUGUGCAUAAACCAAAACAAUGACGACGGAAAAAACGUGCAAGUAGGCAUGAUGGGUUAUAUUUAUCGCCGAGCACGGCAAGUUGUCGCCUGGGUUGGACCGGAAUCUGCCAUGGACGUCGCUGCGUUUCGUGUUGUAAACUACCUCCACGCUGAAGGCUGGUUCUCACCUGAAGAGUUAUACACUUGGUUUUCACUCGUGAGAUUUAUCAAGAGGACAUGGUUCUCUCGAGUAUGGAUAGUUCAGGAGUUGGCGCUUGCGAAAAAGAUAAUUAUUUACUGCGGAAAGAAUCAGUUGGACUGGGACAUUCUGCGAAGGGGACUGGUGAAGUUCCUCGACCGGAUGGGGGUCUUCUUGAAUACGUCGAAAGCAGAUGUAUCGCUUGAGCGAAUGUUCACUCUUCUCAGUAUCAGGAAUCUCGUCACCGACCAUUCCGACGAGCAACCGCAGCGGCUGGGCCGCUUUACUCAAUUCUCGAUCUCCCAGAUUGAUGACGGCAGGGCCUCCAAGCAAGUGGAGAGGGGUGAUCUUCUCCGCUUUAUGGCAAGCACCCGGCUUUUUGGAGCAACGGAACCAAAAGAUCGCAUCUAUGCCAUGCUCGGGCUGGUGCUCGACAACGACAGGGAUGGGAUUGAGAUCAUCUAUUCCAAGAAUGUCUCAUACGGCGACGUCUAUCGAGAAUUCGUGCGAGUCUUAAUUCUCCAACACGGAACUCUGGAUGUGUUGUCACAAGCUGGCUUGCAUAGUGCUCUGCCCUCCUGGGUCCCGGAUUGGACUCUCCCGAUGAAAUGCUACCCUUUGGCUUUGCACAAAUACUACGCAAGUGGUGCCGUCACUAAACCGGCUCUGUCCUGGGCAAGCAAUGAGAGAAAUUCUCGCCUAAGAAACCAGGAUCGGGUGCUCAAACUUCGUGGAAUACUUUGCGACACGAUCAGAACCCUAACACCCGGCAUCAUGUCGGACACGGUUGAGUCAAGCGUCUUUGAGCGCGAAGCGCUAAACGCAGCUAAGGGCUCUGUUUUUGUCGUCGCCUUGGCCACUGGUAAGGGCCUGCGCGAAAUGCUUCAAUUCACACUUGAUUCUGACUCUCUGAAACCAGUGCGCAUUUACAAGGACGAAGCGAAUAGCUGGAUGGAAGCCGCGCACAUUAGUUGCAGAGAACUGUAUGGAGACGCGCACUGGGAGGAGCGUUGGGGGGCGGUCGAGGGGUCGGCGUUCAUCAAAACAUUGAUUGGCAAUCUUCCUUUCGAACCGCUUGGCUCUGAUCACGAGGCUCUUUUCGCUCAUUGUUACGCAAUAUGGCGAGAAUGGCUCUCGAGGAACCCCCUGUUGAUUCGUACUGGAAUCUUUUCUGAUUCUUCUAGCAUCCCUGUCCAGCCCGAGCUCAUAAAACUCUUUUCUCGCCAUGGAACUUCCUGGCUAUCAGAGGAGCGUUCAAUGAGCGCGAGGAGAGGAAUGGUGCAGAUCAAUUCCAGCACCAAGGUCCCAAUAUUUGUAAAUGAAAAACUCGCAAGACACUACUUUAAUACGAAGCGAUGCAUCAGAAAUAUUUUGGGGAGUGAUGACGCCGACUCGUCGAGAGCCCCAGCGGAGGAGGACGCACGCAGGAGCCAUUUGAUGCAUGAUGAUGCCAGUGUAAAGAUGGCAGUUGCAAGGAUGUUUUCUAGGGCAGUGGAACGCAUGGCUCGCAAUCGACAAUUCUGCACCACGUCGUCGAGGAGGUUCAUCGGAUGGGUCCCAUCCGAGGCGCAAAUCGGCGACGUCGUGUGCCUGCUGGAAGGCGGGCGAGUGCCAUAUAUUCUUCGUCCUCUGCAAGGAGGAUUGUACAGUUUCAUUGGGGACGCGUAUGUACAUGGUUUGAUGAGAGGUGAGGGUUGGUCUCCCAACUCGCUUCAAAUGAUUUCCUUAACAUGAAGACUUGUUUGGGGAAAAGUGGGAGUCAUUUACUAAAUCGACCCAGUUGCCAUAACCAUCGUUAGAAAAAUAGAUCAUAUCUACAUCCAAAACCCUUCAUCCUUGUUUUGCUUUUCCAUUAUUUUCCCAUCCCAACAUUCCCCUCCCUUCAAAUUUAAUCUAUUUGACAUUGCUGAUUCUUUAGACAAGGUUUACAAACGCUAAUCUGAUUAAGUCUAUCAACUUUGUUUCAUGCCAAUACUCUUGGAAAUAACAAUAACAUCUAAUAAUAUAGAUUUCUAUUAAUCAAACUUUAAGCAUAAAAAAAGUAUUUUUUUACUAUUCAAUUGAUUUACCUCAAGUAUACCUUCAAAAAAUUGGAAAAAACUUUAUCUACUCAAUUUCUAGAGACUAUUCCAAAAUUUCAAUUUGAGGUUUUUAUGUCAAAAAUUCUAAGAUAAAACACAUACUAGUUUUAUUUGCUUGUAAGGUUUAUCAUAUUGUAAUAGCUAGCGCUUGUAUCCUUGCAUCCAUGCAUAGGCAUCAGUGUAACAUUCUACAAUCAUGUGAUAUUGUUG